UAAUUGCCACUGAAACCAGUGGGUGCGUCUACGAAUUGGGAAGCGGGUUACAAUUUCAAACCUAAACAGUCAAGAGAGCGAAGAUCGAGACCGGGAAAAUAUCAUCCGAAAUCCAUUUUAAAGCGAGCUAAAGGUGUUUUUUCGGGAUACCAAACCAAGCGUUAUAACCGUCCGCUCUCAUACAUCUCCACGUAUUCCUUCCAACAUGCCGAGGUCGAAUAGGCAAAGGGAAUACAAACCUGGUGAUCUGGUGUUCGCCAAAAUGAAGGGAUAUCCACAUUGGCCUGCGAGGAUUGACGAGUUGCCCGAAGGAGCAGUGAAGUCACCCUCCAACAAGUAUCAGGUGUUCUUCUUUGGCACACAUGAAACGGCCUUCCUGGGGGCCAAAGAUCUGUUUCCCUACGAUGAAUCCAAGGAGAAGUUUGGAAAACCAACCAAAAGGAAAGGCUUCAGUGAGGGACUCUGGGAGAUUGAGAACAACCCCACAGUGACGCAUGAGGCCUACGAGGCUGAAGAGAAGGAAAGCUUGGCCGAUGGGAAACAGGAGGCUGUUGCCGUGGAGAAGGCUGAGGCAGAGGGCAGCAGCGAUGAAGACGAGGGUGCCCUGGUCAUCGACGAGAAGAACGAACGAGGCGGGGCCAAGCGGAAGGCAGGGGAGUCAACGGAGGCUUCUCCCAAGCGUCUGAAGGACACAGGAGGGGAAGGCGACUCGAAGGCAGACGACAAGAAGUCCAACCAAGAGGCCAAAGCCAACAACGUGGUGGGGCCUCCAUCUGCCGCACUCUCCUCACAGAGCGAGUCGAAAGCAGAGUCUAAGAGCGAUGCGCCCGUGGAGGAAAAGCUAAGCGCAGAUAAGCCUGUGACGGAGAGUGCCUAACAGCAAAUGGAAAUCGAGGACCUGGAAUUUAAUGGAAUCCGAGGCGCCAAAUUGAUUGCACUGCAGGAUGCUAGAUUUCGGCUGUUAUCCAAUAGAAGAGUUUUAAAAGCUAAAGUGUUUGUAUAGAAAAAAAAAAUAACCAAAACAUUUAUUUGUCAUUUUGGGGUAUUAUAUAUCCCAGAGUUUAAAGUUUCCUAAUCUGAUUUCAAACAAUUUGAAUGGAGCAAUUUAAUGCUCAUUUAUACAUGGGAUUUGGUGGUGUGUAUAUAUAUUUUUUAUUUCCAAGUGCAAUUACAUAAUCACAUACGCUAGGUGUCAAACAUGGUUAAUUUCUGUGAGCUAACAUGGACAUACAAAUUUCUAGUAAUACUUAAAUUCCAAAAAUGGUCUUGUGUUUUUGUGGAUAAAAAGAAAGAAUGCUUUCAUCCCUAAUCAUGUAUCGCUAAAUCUCCCGUCUGACCAUUUGGUGGGACAUCGGUGCUUCAUAAAGUACAUCUCUUACCUUUCGAUCUUAGCCUCAACGCAGCGUUUAUGCAGUCAAGGUUUAAUUUCUCUUUCAUUUGUCUCACCUAGCCUCUCGACAUAUUUCAGUUUCUUCAGUGAUUUAUCUUUCACAAAAGUCGUCGCUAGUACAAUGUCGUCUUGUUCAAUGUAGGAAACGUACUUGAUUAUGAAGUCUUUAUUUCUUUUGAUUGCUUUUGCAUGCUUUAUAGUAGGUAACCAUGUUGUGCUGUUAAUGUCACUGAAUCCCACAGACAAUUUCACAAGGGUAUUGUUUUUUUUGGAAAGAAUCUUUUAAAAAAGGAAAAAAAUAAAGUGAACAUUUUGAUGGUGUU